UCAAAUUAAAUUGAGAAUUUGUGCACAAAAAUCUCUAUAAUUUCAAUAGCUAAGGCAUCUUAGGUGAAAUUCACAUCAAAACCAAAUCUUCUCUGUGGAUGGAAAUUGCUCAAAAAGAGCAAAUUUAUCCGCACGAGGUCACGGCGCCAUCUUUGUCUCUAAGAAAAGGAAAACUUUCCAUCACAAAUAAAGACAAAUUAACGCUCAAGAAGCAAGGAAAAAGGAUUAGGAUUAGCACAGGAACUGUUUUGCAUCAAGUGAGGGCUAAAGGAUUUCGCUGAGUGCUCGAAAAAACGCAAAUUUCCCAGAAAAGGAUUGGAAAUUUUUUUUCGGAAAGUGGUCGCUGUGAAAAUUUUUUCCGAGGAACAUCACCACUUUCAACGAAGAUUCAGCGAAAAGCACACGAAGUGGAGGGAAAACGACCACUUGAUUGAAAACAAGCUACGAAGGGGACACGAAAGCUUUCUCGUUGUGGCAAAUUAAGCUCGAGAAGAGCUCGAAAGCUUUCAGUUUUCACCAAAAAUUCCUCGCAUCAAGAAGCAACUUUCGGUGUCUUACCACCAAAUGACCAAUUUAUUACUAAUUUAUCCAUCAUUUUGCUGAGUAGACAAAGAAUAUUUAUUGAGAAAAAUCUACCAGAGAUUCUUGACGUUUUGCUGGGAUUUUCUGGAGCCCCAGAGCGACGCAUUUCCUGGUUUUCUUGAGAGACUUCGUUAUGUAAUCAUCCUUCACGUAGGUUGCUUUCUUGGGAAUUUUCCAGGCAAUCCAUAGAGUUUCACAGAGUAGUUAAAGAAAAAAAAAUCAAGUAUUGAGUAGAAAAAGAAUCCUUUUGUGAAGAAUCUUUCCUGCUGUUUGGUUUUUGUGACGGAGAGACAAAGAAAAGGCGUCUCGGAAACGUUUUUCAAGACAUUUUGAGGCCUCAAGGCCACGCUGUGCAAAAAAAAUCCGUUGUGAAGUGAAUUUCACCUGAAAUAGAAGACAAAAAAACUGUUUUUUCAUUGCUAUUUUGGGGGUUAUUAAAAUAAAAGUUGGGACUACGCCCUAAUUGCGUUCUACUUCCUCCAUAUAGCAUUGCAUGGCGGCCAUUUUGAAAGUGUUUCUGUGAGGGGCCGCAUUGAGGGGGACAAAUUGCAAAGAAUUUCCGUAUUUUUGGAAUCAAAUUAGCCAUGCCACGAAUCGAUCCGUUGCAACUGCUGACCUGCCUGGGAGUGCUGUUGGCGCCCAAUGGUGGGAUUCGGAGUGCCCAAGAAGUCCGACGUCUUGCUGGUUUAAUGGCGAAAUUCAGCAAUAGAUUAGUUUCUAAAUGCAUCUACAUCCAGAUAUUAAAGUGUACAGACACAGAGCUCCUGGGACAAUUUAUGGGUACUGGAGGCUGGACAUUAACACAUAUGUGGCUCCAAGAUGGGAUCCUCACCAAGAACUAUCCACUUGUGCAGGAAAUCUUAGAGCUUCUACUUCUGUGUCCUGUAGAUGUAGACCGUUUAAAAAGUAAUUCUGCGCCGAAGCUUGUCAAGCAAUUAUCCAAGGAAUCACAUGAAGGCGUUCGGAUUUUGGCUUUAAAACUUGUAGAGCAGUGGUUAAAGAUUGUAAAAGGUGAAACAGUCAAUGGAUCUCCGAGCGUGCCACAAAUCAAGGACGCCACGGGUGUUCCGGACACAGUAGAUGGGCUGCAAAAAACAGAUUCCGGAGAAGAGUUCUCAAGCCAAUCAACAGUGGCUGAGCCAAAAGACAAUGUUGAUGAAGUUUUAAGUGAAAAAGACUUUACCGGGAGUGUUGAAUGUAUGGAAAAUGGUGUUGAUGCGGAGAAAGGAGGGAGUAAAGUGAAUCACAAAAAUAAUUCUUUGGUGUACAAAAUAACUGUGAAGGAUGGGAAGCAAGUGCUGGCGAAGGUGGAUUCACCCACGAGAACUUCGCCGGCGAAGAGUGUGAGUGCAGCAGAGAAGGAGAAUCGUGAGUCCGGCAAGGAGUCAAAGGAUAAGAUGAAAAGCAAACGAGAUGAGCGUGAUAAGAGUAAAUCAAAAGAUAAGAAAAGCGACAAGGAGAGGGAGAAGGAGCGUGAGAAGCAUAAAGAUAAAAAAUCCAGCCAUAGAUCGUCUACUUCGUCGUCAUCGUCAGGGAAAUCAUCGAGCCAUAGGAGCUCAUCUGAUAAAUCCUCAAGUAGUGGGAAGAGUUCUAAUCGGGAUAAGGAGAGAGAUCGAGAUAAGGAGAAAGAUCGCUCCAAAUCUUCAUCUUCUUCGUCAUCAUCAAAGUCAAGUAGUCGCGAUAAGGACAAGGAGAAGGAGAAGGAGCGUCACCGGGAGAAGGAACGUGCAGAGAAGGAGAAGGAAAAGGCCGAUAAGGUUGAAAAGGACAAGGCAAGUCAGGCGGAGAAGGACAAAGAUACGCUUGCUAAGAUAAUGGGUACGGGGCACCUUGAGAAGCUGGGAAAAAUACCAAAGAAAGUCAAAACGGAGGGAGAUUCCCCCAAAGAGAAAGACAAGGAAGCUCCGGCUAAACCUGUUCCACCACCCAAGAAGCCUUCAUCGAUAUCAAUUGAGCAGCGAAAGGAUGGAGAGAAUCGUCCAAAUACCGUAAAGAAGUUCAAUUCGCAAUUCCGUAGUCACGGUCUUGAGGAAGCUCCACCACCACCGGCAUCGCGACGCAAUCCAAAGAAGCCCGCUGAGCCACUAAAUCCAGCCAAGCCGCUUAGCGUGAGCACAAACUCCACGUCGAGCUCUAAAACACCCGCCAGUGAUUCUGGGAGUGGUAUCCCGGAGAAGAAGUUGAAACUCGAUUUGUCAGCUGUGACGAAUGCAGCAUCCACGACGGGAGCAAGUAGUGGGGAGAAGACACCACAAACACCAACAGAUAAACCCCAAUCUCCCGAGAAGACAACAAUAAAAGCCCCAGCACCACCACGAGCUAAACCUUCAACUCUUGUGGAAACUGACGUCUUUAUGGAUGCCCUCUGUUCUACGGCAUUUACAAACAGGAAGGAUGUAAAGAAGAGAAAACGCCGUCCGAGUAGCUCAAAGGAUGGCGCUAAAGAAGGAUCUCCCCCUGAGAGUCCCACCGUAUCUAGUCCAAAGGCAGCUCCAUUGAAAUUCUACCAGGACACAUUGGAAGUCAGUGAGGAUGCCGAGAAGGAGGUUGAGGUGAAGAAUGAGAAGACUGAGGAAGUUGGUAGCACUGCGGGUGAUGCAGAUGCUGAUGAAGAUGUGAUAAAGAAUAAAAGAUUAAAGAGUGAAAAGGCAGAUUCCAUGGAUGUGGAUGAGGACUCUGAGGGGAAGAAGAAGGCCGUAAAGGCAAGUAAGGAGGAAGAGAAGAAGGAGACAAUUGUAGAGGAGGAAGUAAAGCCACGUGUUCCGGGUCCAGGGUGUGGACCAGAUGGGCCACCGGGUGUUUUAGUAAUCCAUCGCCGGAAGGGUCCGAAGAAGAGUGUUAAGUGGAAGCCACAGGAGGAAUUGGAGAGUAUUCAGUACUUUGAACUAGAUGAGACGGAACGGGUGAAUGUUACGAAGACAUUCACGGAGAUGAAGCAACAGGAUAGGUUUGGGGAACGUGAGGCUUUUAUGAUGGCCAGGAAGCUGUCGGCGGAUGAUGUGAUGAUGGAGCAAAUUCCUUAUAGACCACUAAUUGUUGUGGACGAUGUACCACCACAUCCAAUGGGGGCACAGAGCAAGGAGAAGAAGAUUCAGGCAGAGAGGGAACAAACGGUUCUCAAGGCGCUCUAUUUUAAUCGUAUGAUGAUUCCCGAUUCACCUGCAGAACCGGACAUGGAGCAAUAUAAGAUCACCGAUCCCGCUGUUAUUCCCCUCGAUGAUGGGAAUCCGGAGAAUGAGAAUGAUUUUACAAAUACCCCAUGGCCUGAUCCAAAGGAUACACCACCCCAUGUGAGUGGGGCUCUGCAGGCGGAUCAGGCAUUCAAUCAAUUCAAUAUGAUGGCCGGAGGGCCACAGGCAAUGGGACCGAAUCCAUGGCAAAUGGGUGGGCCGCCAUUUGCACAGUUCAACAUGGCUGGAUUUCCGCCUCAGGGCAUGGAUCAGGGUAAUCCAAUGGGUUUCCCCAUGACGGAUGAUAUGAAUGCGCCACCAAUGAAUAUGGUUCCAUUCCCAGGGGGUCCAAAUCCGAACUUUAUGGGUGGUCCGGGUGUUCCUUUCAAUGGUUUCCCCGGUGACAUGGGGAAUCCACAGAUGAUGGGGAUGAAUAUGCCAAGGGGGCCACCGCCAAAUAUGCCACCCGGUGGUGGGUGGUUCCGCCCCAAUGCCCCACCAAACUGGAGGCCACCGCCACGCAACAAUUGGAUCCAGAAUCGCGAUAAUCGCAUCUGCAAGCUCUACCGCAAGGGCUUCUGCAAGAAGGGUGAUAAAUGCAAUUUCCUCCAUCCCGGGGGCAACAAUAGACGGUGAGACGAUGACCCCGAAGACUGGAGCACCCAAGAACAGGGAACCUGGACCAAUGUACCAAGGUAAAAAGACACUAUUCCCUCUCUGUUGCUACUUAUUAUAUAAUUCAAGUACAAAUAGACGCUUAAGUUUAUGCAUUAAUGAAGCGUAAGGCGAGAGAUUAAUUUAAUCAACUUUUUUAUACAAAGGAAUUAUAUAAAGAAAGAUAUUUCUUAAGAAAACAA